AUGAAUUCGACUGUUCGACAAAAAAGUUCAACGAAAAACUUCGACGAAAAAGUUCAACGAAAAAGUUCAACGAAAAACUUCGACGAAAAAGUUCAACGAAAAAGUUCAACGGAAAACUUCAACGAAAAAGUUCGACAAAAAAGUUCAACGAAAAACUUCGACGAAAAAGUUCGACGAAAAAGUUCAACGAAAAACUUCGACGAAAAAGUUCAACGAAAUAGUUCAACGGAAAACUUCAACGAAAAAGUUCGACGAAAAAGUUCAACGAAAAACUUCGACGAAAAAGUUCGACGAAAAAGUUCAACGAAAAACUUCAACGAAAAAGUUCAACGAAAAACUUCAACGAAAAAGUUUUAA